AGUUUAGUUUUUGGAGCUGACGUCGGCGAAAUAAUAUCGGCUUGUAGCACUUUUCCCCACAGAAUGGAAGUUGUCGAGGCGGAGAUACGGGCUAAACUCGGUUGACCUGUCAGGAUAUUUAGGUCGGUUCACAUUUGUUUGUUUGUUUGUUUUAUGCGUCUCUUCUGGGCCCAAGUCCGCAUUAACAACGACGUCUGCGUACUGGUGUGCUUAUUGUGUAGCAUCCCCGUAUGGAGGAUGAGGAGGAUGAUGUGUUUGAGCCAGACCUCCACUGCUGGCGCACCCCAUUCAAGGAGAUAAAGUGCGAGGAGCGGGCUACGCAGACACCUGGCCCCGUCCUGGCAUCGAACAACGGCAUGCUGCCCUGUGGAGUCGCGGAGGAGCCGAGACCACUCUUCUACGGUAACGCAGGUUUUCGAUUGCACUUCCCGGCCCACUUUGAGCUCGUUGGGGAUCAGGAGGUGAGACGGCGAGACAGCGAAGACGUAAUGGAACAGCAGCAGCAGCAGCAGCCGCCCGUGGCACGCAGCAUAGAGGCCUGCAUCGGUCAGAAACUCCAGCUGAUUGGAGACCAGUUUCAUCGGGAGCACUUAGAGCUGUAUCAUCGAAACCAAAGGAAUCGGGGGCUGCUGUGGUGGCGUCUGGCUACAGCCAUGUUCGGCCUGAUUUUUGACAGGGGGUUCUUGGCCGGACGAGGCGGAGCGAGACGGAGCGGCACAGUUGAAGUGUGGAAGGGGUUCAAAAGGUCUCCGCGGGACGGGGACUACCAACUUUUAUACGGGGGGUUUUCUUUUUAAGAAGAUGCCAUGAUGCCCAGAGAUUUCUCUACAGGACGAUGUUCAUAUUUUGCUAUAAGUGUGGUGUAGUAGUUUUGUACAAUACAUAACUUCAUUUUUUUUUUUUUUGCACUUCACAUUGUAUCCAUUUUUUAUGACAUCCACAGACCCUGGGAAUGCCUUAUUCAAUGUUUUCUGCCAUAAAGAGUAUUGAGAGAAUUUUGUAAAAUGGUUAGAAAGCAAAAGGAAAUGUGGUGUGGUGUUUUUUUUCUUUUUUUUUUCAAACCUUUGUGAAGUUUUUCCAGGUAACCACUCAAGUCGAUUUAUAAUUUCCAAAGAGGCAACAUCUCAGAAAAAAGAGCAUUUUUCACCUCACUUAAUAGUUACAUUUAUCUUCCUUACAUGGUUUAAACUUGUCAUUUUCCUCUCUUAGACAUUCGUUUGCUGUAAUAUGGUAUUUGGUUUUGCAGACUGUUUCUGUCAAUAACAACUGCAUACUUGCUCCAUGUCGAUAUCUCCUGAGGUAUUAAGGGCGGAGUUUGCAGAACUGAGUAUCGCUCACUUGUUAAACAAAACUGAAGACGGAAACUGCAACGAAUAAGGAUUAUUACUUAACGAGUUGCUCAAAAUUCUAACACUGUAUGGAUAAAAGUAUUGCCAUAUAGUAUUUUCUUGAAUUAAUGACAGGGUCUGGCUAGACUUCUUAGAUUCCCCUGAUUAUUAUUUUUUUUCUUCACCUUAUCAAGACAUUAUUUGAUCAUUCAAUACUUCUAGAUCUGUGGGAACAGUUUGGGACCCUUUUGACCCUUUAUAGUUUCUGCAGAACUUUGGGAUGAACUAAAAGAGACUAUCAAUAAUCGGCAACAUCUGACCUCUUAUACACAGUUUAAAGUCUUGAAGAAAGUCUUCCUAGAAAAAAUGUUUUACACAAGUGAGACUCACUUCUUCCUCUUUCACGUGUGUCUGUCCAUAAAGUGUAUCAAAGCCAUCUGCUAUAUUACUGUCCAAGGAUAGACAAAACAUUUAUUAGUGCUCUCACUUGUUCGAAAAAAAAGUUUUCAGUAAGUGUACUAAAUGAAUGUCAGGUUUAGUCAAGCCAAUUGUAUAUCCGCUGAGAGCAUCAGAUAUGUUUUGGGUUUUUUUUGUUUUGUUUUUUGCUUUGUUCUGUUAUACCAUGUUAUUUGCAGACCUCCAUGCCCUUGAAGUGGAGCUGUGGAUCCACUGUUUUUGCACUAGCACACCCUUUACAACUUCCGCUUCUUACCGAACCAACCCCCUGUCUUAUAUGAAGGUUUUCACUUAGUCUUUUGCCACAACGUCCCAUUUUUCAAUCAGUGUUGGCCCCGGUCCUGUCUUGGCCACAGAAUCUUCUCAGGCAAUUCUAACGGGAUUUACAUCCGCUUUGUAUUCUGAGCUGUGACCCUUGUAUUGUCUUUGACGCUCAGACCCAGACGUGCGGCAGUUUUUUUUCCACACCAGACGAAGCAAACUAAAGACUGUAGUUAUGUUUUGAAGACACUGUCGAAGAUUUGUGUUAUAUAUAUUUUUUUUCCAUUGACGAACACAGGCCAACUUUUGGACCCAUGGAGCAUUUACGUAUCGGGGGUCUGUAAUUACUUACUCCUAACAAUGUGUCAAGUUGAUCACUGCAUCAUGAUUCAAUUUUUUUUUUUUUUUUUUUUUCCUCUUGCAAUCAACAUAUCUCAGGGACAAGGCUUUGUGGGCCACCGGUGACCUUGAGAAUCACGUACAUGGUUAGAGGAAGAGCAGUGUUGCCACCCGUGACGAAACCUUCGUCUCUUAUGUCUUUUAGCUUUCAUCCCGAUUUGUUCACACAAAGGUACAUUUUGAGCAAGGAGUCAGUCGGAGGCCGACUGUCCGUCAGUAGAUGGUGACGAGGGGGCUACUGAGUGUGUAGUUUUGGAGGCGAGUGACGUGCACUGAAUGCGGUUGUAGUUUCCUGCAAAUCCUCAAUGCUGAGCCAGUCCGUGUAGCCCCGUCCCGCCGCUGGCUCUUUAAGUCCUCGUUAUACUGCUCCUGUUUGUAAUGUAAUUUAUUUUUUCCUCAUUAUUUAUUUUCUUUUUUUUUUUUUUUGUAUAUUUGCCUGUUUCUACUGUAUACAUUUGCGUGUCCGAUCACUUUUGUUUUCUUUGUGAGCCUUUCACUAAUUUCAAGUUGUGAUCGUUGUUAGCCUGUCACGAAGAGCAGACGUUUAAUGUAAAAUUAGCUUUGUACAAAAUGAACGUUAUUGGCAGCAAGUAUAUGUAACCCAUCCCAAAAGUCGCUGUUUCCAUGGCAAUUUUAAUGGCGACAUCGGACCUUGGUUGAAGUUGAUUACGUUGUACAACUUGCCUUUCGUUCUUUCAACUUCAAUAUCUCCUUAUCAGUUGCCUUCUUAAUGAAUGCAGCUCCUGCUCUUCUUUAGGACAACAACUUUAAACCUCAUCCAAUCAUCUUUCACAUUUUAUCCUCGAAAAUAGAUCCAGGGGUGGAAUAUUCAAGGUUGUGAUUUUCUAGGGAUGGGCCCGACCAGUUCAGACAUUUUUCAUUACCGCUCCAUUCAGUCUCCGGGCAGAUUCUUUAUGUGUGGUUUAGAAAAGCAGCAGCUUCAAUCUAGUUAUUAAUUUGUAUAAUAAUUAUAACGGCAAAUGUCUUUGAAUUGAUGAAAGGUCAUCCAUCGCUAAUGAUACGUCAGAGAAGGAGAAAGCUUAAAAAAAAAAAAAGUUACAUUCACGUCCCUUGAAGUCACAGGGUGUUGGCUUUGUUCAAGUCCCGAAAUCUUGAUAAAUGUUUUGUAAUCAACAUGCACUGGAAAGUACUUUGUUUCUGUCGAUCCGAUGGGUCCCUAAUGUGUUGUUUGUUCAUAUAUGAUGUACAGUAUACUUUGGAUUGUUCAUGUUAUGUCACAUCAGCUGUAUAUCUGUGCAUUAGCCAAGUUGGCUUACACCUUUGAUUUAUUGGAAAGGGAAGCAAUCCGCCACGGUGCCCCCGUGUGUUUUGUUACAAUGACGUUCCCACGCUGCACUCAUUGUGUCAUGUACACAUCUAGAGUGGAGCAUCCCUCGUGUGUUGGGGGGGCAUUGUAUUUUAUGGAAACCGUCAGUGUCUUCGAAUUUUGUAGUCCACUUUAUAUAAAUUUGAAGGUUUUGAUUUUUUUUAUGAUAAGAUUCCUUUGUCACAUUCUUUCUUAACUUUUUAAAAUGUAUUUUCUUAACGGAAAAUUGUCUGUUUUUAUAAGGACCUGAUUUGGUUUUUAAAGAGUAGGAUCCUUGCAACUCCAGGAUAUCAAGGGCCUUUUUUUUUUUUUUUUUUAACAUUCCGUGUUUGGCUCUUUGCAGCGUGUAAAGCAAACCAAAACAAUUUACUGUUGAUAAAUUGAUCUGUUGCCCUUCUUAACAGACCAGAUCAAGUGUACAUGUAGUAUUUGUAAAACCCUGGAAUAUGCCUUUUAACUGCUCAGUUUCAAAUGAAGUCUUGAUUAUCACACACUCUCUGUAUACCAAGAAAGGAGACCCAGCGAAAAUGUAGCAUUUUUUGUAAACAUUGACUGUGUGUUUUCGAGACUCUACUGUGCACUCAUUUUGUGUUUAUAUAUGUAUUUUCGGGUUUUUCAUAUAUUAUGGAAGUAAAGAAAAUGUGUUAUGUAGUGCAAUAUGCUGUACAUAUGGAGCUUUGCUCUACAAAUCUUUUUUUUUUCCUGGAUUUCCUGUUGUUUAUUGGUACUUUUUUUCAAUAAAAUUCUAU